AGCGUGCUAGUGAAAGCAUCCAUCAACUGAAAUAUGCCUUGGAGGAAAGGCAGUUUGCAAAGGAUGAGGGUGAAGUUGGAAUUGACCAGCCCUCUGUGGACAAGGGCAGUGACGAUGUGGACAGAGGCAACGACGACAGUGCGAAUGCAGCCUGGCAGGAACUGCAGCACAGUCACGCAGUUAAUCAACUUAAAAUUUUGUUGCAACAUCGAGAAAGAAUGGAAAGUGAAGCUUCUCCAUCGAGGACGAAGGUGUCGUUCUGUAAACCCCCAGAAGCUGCAACUGGAGACUUCCCAGCCCUUUCUGAUCUCAUUCCUAUAAUCAAUGAUCAGUCACAGUACAUUAACCAUUUAGAAGCAGAAGUGAAGUUUUGCAAGGAGGAAUUGUCUGGAAUGAGAGAUCGAGUACAAGUAGUUGUACUUGAAAAUGAGGAACUCCAUCAGAAACUGAAAUUCUUAGCUGCGGAACAUAUGUUGAGAGAACAAACUCUUCUAGAUGCCUCAGCAAAUACUCAGAACUCCUGGCCUGUAAGUGGUAAUGGCUGUAGCGUGCGUCAGCCUGUCACCUCAUCACCAGCAUGUAACAAAAAUCAGGCUUUUGUUACAGCAGCUGUUGGAGAAAUAGAAAAAUGGCAUGUAGAACUGGAGAAACUAAAACUUCUUUAUCAAGAAAAAGUCAAUAUCCUUGGUGCUCAAAUACAGUCUCUAAGAAAAGACCUUUCAGAAUCUCAGGAGACAUGCAAAGAUUUGGAGGGAAGACUAAAACACCAGAAGUCACUUGUUUCAGCCACAAAUUCUAGCCGAAUUGGUGGUCUGUGUCUGAAAUGUGCACAACAUGAGGCAGUUCUUGCACAGACUCAUUCUAAUGUUCACAUGCAGACCAUCGAGAGGGUAACAAAAGAAAGAGAUGACUUGAUGGAUGCACUUGUUUCACUGAGACGAAACAUGAAAGAGAUGCAGCAAAGAGAAGCUAAUGCUUGUGAGCAAGUUAAACAAGCUGUGCAAAUGGCAGAAGAGGCCAAUUUAGAAAAAACAACGGCUCUAGUCCAGUGUGAGCAGCUGAAAAGUGAGAUGGAACGGCAGAAGAAUCGUCUUGAAAAGGAGUUAGCUGCCCAGCUAAAUAAGAGGACUGAUGAAAAAGAAGCACUGCGGGCAGAAAUGAAGAAGGAAAGGGAGGACUUGGCAGCAAUG